CAUCUAUUUGGUUGCAUUGGGUCAUUUGGGCUUGUCCCCCUCCCUCAUCCAAUUUGUCAUUUUGAUUUUUGGGUUUACUACCUUUUGCUUCGACUAUUUACAAUGAUUCAGGGGUAGUCAUCCAUCUCCACGAAACAAACGCAAAACAAAGCACAUGACCCCGAUCAUCACUCUGCUGCUCUUGCCCCCCCCCUGUCGCGGGUCCCCCUCCCACUCCCUCGAUACGAUAGCCUACAAGUUGCCCUUGGCGUUGCUCAAGGUAUCAGCCGCCAGUGACAUGACACGGGUCCAUCAAACAUCAAGACAAGACAGUAUCCUGUUUCAAGAUUCAAAUGCAAUGAAAAACAGUGUGGCCAGUGUAUGGCUGAUGGAGGUGACGUGCGGUGAAGGGAGGCAAAUGAGGGAAUCGCUAGAUAAAGCAGGCGUGCGGAGGUGGGAGCAGUCAGCGGAUGCAGAGCGAGAGAAUGCAGGUAUGUCGGCGUGGCUUUUGAAUGUCCUUUUGUUGAUACUUUUUGUUUUCGUGGAUGUGUUUUGACGUGGUGUCCAGCAAGGCUCCUGGGCGGCAAGAGCGUGCAAGUCGGCGUUAUCCUGUUCAGAUGGCGUCCUUGGACACACUGGCAGAGGUCCAGGUGGUGAUGGUGGGGCCCGUGUCAGUUGCAGUCGAUUCG